GAAAAAAGUGGCCCAAUGUGUGAUUUAUAUUCCAAUCUGGCAACAGUGUGCACGCCGCCCCCUGGCCGUGGUCGCGCGCACCAGGGAGCCGGGCGGCAGUCUCACCUGAACCGUCGUGGUGUGCGUCCCAUCGCUCGUCGGCUCUACACACUGCCACACCACGCACGCUACGACCGUGUGGUGCCCCCACUGUGCCCCUGCUGCCCCGCCCGCCCGCCCGUGAAACCCAGCCCACCAGCCCGCCCGCCCGCCCGCGCCCACCGCCCACAACCACCACACCCGCCCGGAGCCACCAGCCAGCCACCCCCCGGCUUGCCCCAUAGUGCCAUCCCAGAUCUCAACAUGGCCACUAUAGACUCCAAGCCCCUGACCACGAAUGACGGCCCCUCAGCUUCCCUUUCUAUGCGACUCUUGAUGCAGGGAAAGGAAGUGGGCAGCAUUAUCGGCAAGAAGGGAGAAAUUGUUAAGAGAUUCAGAGAAGAGUCUGGGGCGAAGAUCAACAUCAGCGAUGGCUCGUGUCCUGAGAGGAUUGUCACCGUCACUGGCAACACCGACAGUAUCUUCACCGCCUUCAAGCUCAUCUGUGCCAAGUUUGAGGAGUUCCUGGGUCAGAUGUACCAGAAUAAUGGGAGCGCAGGCGGCGGCGGAGGAGGACAGCAGCGGCCACCCAUCACCCUGCGGCUGAUCGUCCCCGCCUCCCAGUGUGGCUCACUCAUCGGCAAGGCCGGAUCCAAGAUUAAGGAAAUUCGCGAGGUAACCGGAGCGUCCAUCCAGGUGGCGUCCGAGAUGCUGCCCAACUCUACGGAGCGCGCGGUCACCGUGUCCGGCACCUCCGAGGCCAUAACCCAGUGUAUCUACAACAUCUGCUGCGUCAUGCUUGAGUCCCCUCCCAAAGGCGCCACGAUCCCUUACCGCCCCAAACCCCAGGUCGCCGGUGGGCCGGUGAUCCUAGCCGGCGGCCAGGCCUAUACUAUCCAGGGUAAUUACGCUGUUCCCUCAGCGCCCGAUGUAAGUACCGUUCCCUUUGUUCCCCCACCACCAAUUGGGGGGCCCCACGGCCCCUUCAUGCAGGCCCCCCUCAGCCCCCUCCUGCCCCCAUGUCCCGUCUCCACAGCGCCUUCCCCGGGCCCCCCACACCAUGGCGCCAUCAUAACGCCUGCGGGCCAUCACCCAUGCCAUGCGGGGCACUUGCAGAUCACGACCCAGUGCCAUCCGCCGGGCCAUCCGCCAGGCCACCCACCCGAACACUUGAAGAACGGCCAAAUUGGCAUAAUGCCACACCCGUAUCUCCACCACAUGCAGGAUAUGAGCAAGUUGGGCAACAACUCCCCGCUAGCAGGACUGUUGGGUCUGGGCAGCCUAGCCGGUGCCAACCCAGGUGGUGGCGUCAACCCUCACGCCGGCAACACAGCUGAUGCACUAGCAGCCCUGGCUGGGUCACAACUGAGGACCCCCGCUGGCUCUGGCCCUGGUACACAGACUCAUGAGAUGACCGUGCCCAAUGAGCUCAUAGGUUGCAUCAUUGGCAAGGGUGGCACCAAGAUUGCUGAAAUCAGGCAAAUCACAGGGGCAAUGAUCACCAUCAGCAAGUAUGAUGAUGGGUCAGAAGAGGCAAGCAAGCAAGACAGGACUAUCAGUAUCAAGGGUAACGCGGACCAGGUUGCCCUCGCGCAGUACCUCAUCAACACCAGCAUGGAACUGCACAAGGCGCAGCUUGAAGUAAGUAAGGGCGGGUCCGGGUCGACCGGGUCGGGAGGGCUGAGCCCCAGUGCCAUCCCCCUGGCCCAGCUGCUCAAGAACCCGCAAGCCCUGAACGCCUUGUCCUCCCUGACCGGCCUGCAGGGCCUGUCCUCCCUCACCUCCCUGCUCGCCCCCGACUCCUCCCAGGGCCUGGCUGGUAUUGCGGCUGCUAACAGGCACAACAAGGCCUAUCAACCCAAGCUGCGCGCCCAAGCCUCUGUCCAUCAGCCCACUAAUGGCUCCCCCAAGGAGAACAAGCGCAGCAAGUUCGCACCCUACUAGACCUCAUCCUCUCCCACGGGGCCCCGGUCCUCUCCGGACGCAGAGCGUCCUCAUCCUCCACUCCUGAUGAACCUCGUGGCGCUCCACCAACCAGGGGGCCAGCUUUUCCUGUUUACAGGCACGCCUCCGCCCUGCUGGCCUGGGGCCGCCCGACCCAUCUACUGCUAAGAGUGGCUUUGGUGGCCCCUAUACAGAUCCCAGCAGGGCUGGGGCAUGUCAUACAUCUCAGAUCUGAGUAGGAAUAUUCCCAGCUGCAUGCCACCGACUAGAGUAAGGAAGUACUAUCUGGUAGCAGGAAGCUGUGUACUCUCUGACUUAGAGUUACGGUGUGUAUGCAAUGGGUACAUGCGUGUUGGUGUCAGAUGGUCAGUAUCACUAGGUCAGCAGCUGCUUGUUAUACACGGUGGUCUUUGCUGGCUCACUCCAGCCCAGACGGCCUGCCACCUCUCAACUAAACAUAUCAGUUAGGACAAUUGAUUCUUUGUUUCCUGUUGUUUUUUAUAAUGGCAUCAAGCAGAAGCUGAAAGCAUAUUGCAUUGUCACAAUUUCAUAGAGUUUUCUUGUAAGCGUUGUGCAUGAUACUCUUGUUUGUCAGUAAUGGUUCAUCUGGUGACAGUCUCAGAUUCAUACUAUUCUCAUUGCAAUUUGUGUCAAGUAUCUGAAAAUUUUCUAAUGAACCAACAGAUGUAAGUACCAAGCUUGUAAGAGUUAGUGUCGACAUAGGAUGUGGUCGGUGAGCAGCUGCUGGGUGCCCUACCGUCAAACGGCACCAGGCAUAAGAUAGGAAGCUGGGCACUGUGACCAGAUCACCGCCUCUCAUAUUUUAGCAUUGCAGCGCUGAGCACGUGUGCCGUAGUUGCUCGGUUUAGUCACUUUAGGAUAUGGCAUUAAAUAUUACAUACUUAAUGUGUAAUUCCUUGAGAAAGUACAUGUGGGUACAAAACUCAGCUGUUUUCCUUUUUCAUCAUAAUGUAUGGAAUGUACAGUUUUGCAAUAAGUUAAUUGUCUCCUUAGAAGUACUGGUGUUCAAUCGUAAGCUCAAUAUGUGAAUGUUUCUUCCACUAGACAUUAAACAAGUGUAAAGUUUGAGGAAGAUUAAGCCUUUCAUUACAAUCCUAUCCUGACCUGCCCCGUGGUGACCCCACCUUCCCACCACCACUACCACCAUCACCAUUACCACCACUACCGCCACCACGCGCCGCCGCCCGGCACCUCAACACCCUCUGGAUGGCUGGCUCCCUUCUGCAACACUAACACUCAAUAAAGUUCUCUCAGUUAAUGCCUCAGUCCUGCACUUGUCAUUGUUAACGUGGAUGCGUGUAGAAGGGAGCCACCACGUAACCUUGGACUGACGUAACACUAUGGGGACACUUGCCUGGCCAUAAAGCCGAUGCGGCGAUCGUGUCAAUCCAACGCUACCGAGACACCUCAUCCCCCAGCAGGAUAGCGAUGGAGACAGCAGGACUGGGUAUGGCGGGCGUGGGCUACCAAUACAUUGCACCCAACCACAUCGUGCGAGCCCCUAUCCACUGAUGCGAGCAGCCUCUAGUGUUGUUGGACCCAGCCAAAACCCUGCCUCAGGAGCGGCCCAUAAUGCAGCUGGCCACCGUCACCCCAGCUUCCCACACAACACCGGGUGUCUGGCCAGGCAUGCAGUAACACCACCAGCUCGCCGCGCCCCCUCACCACCACUUCACCACCACCUACCUCUACCACUCCUGCCAACACCUCUUCUCUGAAUUUAUUGAGCAUGUAUUUCUGCACAGAUAUUAGAAGAAAAAGUCAUUAUUUAAGUAUAAAUUGCUGUGGUACAAGUCUAGUUGGCGGUUGUGGUCAAGAAUGCCUCGGUGUUGGUGGCGAGGUAGGAGGCGCAAGCGUGGCAGUGGGUGGUGGUGGUGCCGGCACACUGGAGACGAGCGGUGGAGGGGCGGGUCGGCCACGGUGGGCGUGGCUGGGAGGCGCCUCAGUGACACAUGUUACCACAAUUACCACUUUAUACUCUCGGUGUCAGCGGGGCCCGGCCAGCAGCCAGCUGGUAGUGCUGUGGGCCGGUCCCUGCCCAGUUGUGUAGCUCAGUGUACAACAUUUUCAGUUAAUCCCCCAGGGCGGCCGCUACUCCCCACCUUGCCUGACCCCCUGCGCCAACCUCGUUUGCUCAAGCAUCGUUACCAUCGGAAUGCUCCAGCUGGAACCAGAAAUGUGACUGUGAUAACUGAAGUAUUGUAUACAUGCGUACCAUUUUAUACUCUUUGACUGGAUCACUUGAUAUAGAGGCUAACACGUGGAAAAGGCUUGAUAUUUUAGUCGAUUAACUGAAAAUGAUAUUUUUAUGAAAACUCCACCUUCAGUAUAUGACUGAUCAAUCAUAUAGUUGAGCUUAUCUCUAGUUUUAGAAUACUGUAAUAACAAAGAAAUAGUUAUCUACUGCUAUGUAUACAUAGAGGUGUUGUUCUGUAGAUACACUCUGAAUUUUAUAAUCUUAUCUACAAGUUCUUGGAUGCAUCAGAUAGUAAAUGUCGGUAAAUAUUUAAUAUUUCUAUCUCGAAGCUUUAGAUGUUUCCUAGAAUUGAAAGUAUUUUCUUAUGCUUCCUUCUGACCUUCAUGAACUGAAGCUGUCAUUGGCUUCCACAGGGUUUUGUAAAAGACAUAUUACCAUACGUCAGUAGGGCUUUGUAAGCGUUUACAUUUUAGUCCCAUGUACUGUCUAGUUGUGAGAGGCUGGUAAGGCUUCAAGUCUAGUCGAAUGUGUGCCAAGCAUUUAUUUAUUGUUUUCACAUGGCAUGUCAUUGAUUUUUAAUCAUAUUGUAGUAUAUGGUGAUAAAACACGUUUUAAAUUACUCUUUAAGGUAUUGCCACAAUGUAUAGUCUUAGACAACGUAAAGUUUCUACGAGUCCCUGACCCCCUCCCCCCAACCCCCUCAUACCAGAAGUCGACCAACUGUUAGUGUGUUCCGCCACUCGACCGCGCUGCACACACCUCUUGUCUGCCUCAGAUCGGCGGAGGUCCCCGCCAGACCUCGCCGUAAGGAGCAGCAUACACCCAGCCGCUCCACCCUCUGCCCAUCCCCGGACCCGAGCACCGCCACACCCAACACCUGUCCACACAUCUUUUAUUCACAUCUUUAACAGUUUUGUUUUGUUUUAUGUAUUUAUGACAUUGACCUAUAAUUUAACUCCCAAUGUUAUCAACUGAUACACUUAUAGUUCAUGGAAAAGGGUAAUUAUGAACAAUUAUGACUUAAGGAUUAGUAUGUAGGGUGGACAGGAGUGAAGAAGUCAGUGAGGUGCACAAGAUGGGUGGUGAUGGGCUAGGGAAGAGUGGCUCUGGAGAACCGUGGCGGGGCGAGUCCAGCCCCUCCCCCAGUAGUCUCACUAGCUGCACCAGGACCCUCUAGGACACCUCUAGAACCCUCUAGAGUCACGACAAGUGCCGGGGCACUUUCGUGAGUGCAGCGUACAGCCGCUGCCUCAGCCAUUCCAUGUGAGACUGGCGCGUGCUGCAGCCAAGCCCGGUGCACGGCGCAGCGUACCCUCUCAUCUAUCUUUUAAUUAAUACCUUCAAGAAAUUAUAAUCAAGGAGCUGUGAAUUUUACAUUGCUCAGUUAUGUAACCUAAAUUAGUAUCUAACUCACUGAGCGUGACGCAGUAGAAAAAAAAUUGUACCAAGAAACAACAAUUAACAAAAACCAAGGUUUUGGUGUCGCAAUUCUUGUGUGCGCGGUGGGUGUGGCCUUCCAGGGUUCCUGUGCCAGUCUAGGGAGUCAGGCACGUGGGCCAGGGUGGGGGUCGCGGGUCUUCUCGCACCCCCACCCUGCCCAUGCCUGCCCAUUACCCGGGUAUACAGAGCCGUGCCCAACAAGGAGCCUCCGCCCACUGCUCACACACUCUCGGGCGAGUAAAGGCAUCUAGUAGCCCAGCCGGUAACCACGGUGGGCUCUACCAAGAACAUAUACUCGCUGUUCACUAUAGCAAAUAUUUGAUACAGAGUAGCCAUGCAUUGCAUAUGCUUUUUUAUGAUUUUUGCUAGGGCUGUGGACGGUUGAUAUAGCAAUAUCCAACUAAUUUGUAUAUGCAUAUGAAUCGGUGUAAUGAGUCUUUCUGUUGCGCACGUGUCUUAUUGUUAAUUUGUUAUAUACAGAUGGUUAGGUCAUAAGUUGCCGUCAGGCUGAGCGGCGCGGACGGGGGCGGUGAUGCCACCGAGCAGCGGCUCCUGUGAUGCCUGACGUGCACUGAUGCAGUACUAGGGCCUUGGCUUACUAGCGAUAGUGCUCACCUUAAUUAUGCUAAACCUGGCAGAUAAUCCUCACUCACUUCAUGUGUUUGUUGCUUUCUACAUAUGAUUUGCAAAAACUAAAAAAAAAUAUAUAUAAAAAUCUCAGGGCAUAUAACCAAAUCUGUUUUGUUUUAGCUUCGGUUACUCCUUGUAUUAGGCCCAUUCGUGGAAUAGCGGGAUAACCUGGACGGCGGGGGACACGUGAGGGUGCGGGUGGUAGGCGCUGACCGGAGAGGAGUCCUCCCUAGACCACGGACGAUGUACACUUAAGGUCGCUAGCGGUCUGUACUGCUCCCUACGAGAAGAAUACAGGCGAAGCAGAUACUGCGCGAUUGAAUCAUUCAGGGCGGGUAUACUCACGUCUUGCCUUCCUCUCUGGCCGGCUCCGCCACCUCACCCCGAGGCACCACCACCGCCGCCGCUUCGACCUAACACCCGACCCAUCACCUGACCUGCCCUGACCUGACCUGCAGCUCACUACAUCCCUCUUGCUCUCAGUAUUUGCCUUAUAUGAAACUGAACAGGGUCGAGCAGUGUAUUACAAUAGAAAUGUGUACACUUAAUAUCAUAUGUCUUUCAGUACUGUUUUCAGCUAAACGGCGGCGUUGUUUUAUACUGUUUUCUUGUACGGUAUCUACUUCUGACGCCUGAACUCGUGUGUCCACGCAGCAGUGAGGUGAAAUGCAGGCGGCACUGAGCACUGACCUCGUGUGGUCUCCCGCCUGCUGCCCUCUGGCUCCCACACCCUUGAUCUCCUAGGCUGACGUGCCACUGUACUGGGAGCCGGAUGGGGCGCCAGGCCGGAGACGCCGCCGACGCUUACACUUCUCUCUUACUGGUCUGCUGAUCGGUAUUCAUUAGUCUUUGUAGUUAAUGUCGGAGGCUGAGGUGAAGCACAUUAGCAGGCCAGUCCCCGUGCAGGUGAAUGACGCCGCACGGGCGACCGGCGGUGUAGCGCUCGGAGUAACGGGGUUGGCCCGGCAGUGCCGCCUGCAGACACAAGCUUGUGGGCCGCCUCAUCAUCUCGGUGAAUCUUCAGCGUUAGCAUUACAGCUAGUCAGUGCAGGAGAGGUUACUCGUACUUUACAGGGGGAUUGUGUAUUAGGCACAGAUUUACAUAUCAUUGUUCUUCACGUGUCACUAUGUUCGCGUGUAGUUACUAGUUGUACAUGUGGCCCGUCCUUACCCCGACAUGGAAACGGACAGUAUUACUUAAGUGCCAAUUAUAAAAUGUUAACCUAGUGCCAACUUAAUGCCAAAUCUUGCAGCAUCACUGAUGCUGGGUGCGUUAGUUUGUCCAUGCUUGGGAAGGCCGGGCCACAAGUGACAGGCAGCCGGGCAGGGCACAGUGACACUCAGGCCACUCACAGUUAUAUACGCCCACAGUGUGGGAGUGUGAGAGGCUCACGGUUGGCCAGGGUGUGGGGUUACCGCUGUGCCCCCAGUGUUACCUACCCACGGUGUUGGAGGCGGACCGUCACAUAACUGGCGGAGCCGAACUCCACAAGCAGCGGCUGCUUAGCGGCAGCUGCGGACCCGGGGAGAACGCUAGUACAAUAAGAGGAUGGUGGACCUCACACGCCUGGCCAACAAACACCCGCCCUGAACGGCUCCCUGACAUGUUCGCCAUCUUUACUGAGGAAAAGUGUUUCACAAUUUUAAUGUUAUGGCAAUAAAUAUUUCAAGGAUGUAAGCAGUUAAUGAUUUUUUAUUGAUUGUGCAUAUGUGUCUUGUCUGACACAAGUAUUGUUUGAGUUUAAAUAAAUCAUCAAAUUGAA